CGUAGAUUCAGUGUACGGCGUAACAAGCUGUCAAAAUGUGCAAGGCAAAUGUGAUUGCGCUAUUUGUUUCCAAGCAUUUCCUUCCUAUCGGAACAAUAUGUAUCAUACCUCUUGGAAUUCUUUCCCCUACUCCUGCCGUCUACCUUCAUGGAAAACUACCUGUAGUCCAGAUAUGCAUUGUAACAUUAUUUUUUGUUAUUGGAACGAAAUUUCGUUUAACAGAAAUUCAAUCUGCUCUACGUUGUUAUAAAGAGACUGCCUUUGGAAUAAUCGUUGUUCUAUUGCUCACUCCAGUUGUUGGAACGAAGUUACUGAUGCUACCAAAGUUUCGAAAGGUUCCCAGGUCAGCUUUAGAUGCAGAAAAUGGUACAUUGAACAAUAGCUGGACAAUUGAGUUACCAGAUUUUGGUCCGGAGGAGUUUCGAAUUGGUCUGCAGAUAUUUUGCGUUUCUCCAUGCGCAUCAGCAUUUCCUACUGUAGUGGUGAGUGUAUUGUAAUAAGAUACUGCAUGUAUAUAAGUUAAACGUAACGCUUCCGUGCAUGGUUUGUCUCUGAGCGCCCUGAAACUGUUGAAUCCUUUACUGCCUUAUAGUUUCAGCAAAUAUAAAACAAAUGUGGUUUAAUUGAUUCAAAUGAGGCCGUUGAGCUACGAGAACUUAUAAUUGGUAGUUAAGAAAUUUGUCUGAGCUUUCGCCGUCUACAACUUCAACACAGACUCAGGGUCUGGAUUUAUAAAAAUACAACUACUAGAUAAGAAUACAUUUAUCAAUGAUGUGCUAAAAAUAUGCAUUGAUAGAUGAAAUUAAUGUGCGGGAAAAUGAUACUAAAGUGUACGCAUUGUAAAAGCUGUUCUGCUAGUUCAUUGAUUUCCUCUCUAGAGUUGAGUGAUUUUGGUUUCAUUCUGCGAAUACAUGUGGCUUCUUUCAGUCAUAUAUUGACUUGAUCUGGUUCGCUUGAUUUAAGAGGGCCUCUCAGUAAAAUCCACCCACUGGUUUGGGGAAGGAAAAAUAGAUUUAGCUCAUACUUUGCAUGUGAACUAGACUUUGGUCAAUAUUAAUCGAGCUUCUUUCGAGUUAUAGCCCAUGUUGAAAUGUGACCUUGCGAGAGUAUUUUCAGACCGGAAAUGAAGGGGAAUUUUACACUGAGAAUUCAUCUGAUUUUUUAAAAACGUUGUGAUGCGUUUAUCCCCUCCAGAUACUGUUCGCAUGCAAGAUUAGCACUAAUACUCUCGUUUUCAUGGAGGUUGAACAACUUUAUUUGCUUAAUACUAUUUUUUUAUAGUUUUACGAAACUAUGUUUUCAAGAUGGCGACGAGAGGCUGAAAAUUGCUCAUAUUGUACUUAAAUAGCUCAAAAGUGGCACCUAUCUGAAGUUCAAACGGCAUGUAAUUUGAAAGUAUACCCACUAAAGUUAAGUAAUCAGGAAUAAAACUCGUCUGCAAGCAAUUUUCUGAAAAGUUAUAAAUCUCCAAAUUGGGUCUAUUUUUAGCUGUUUGUUUACAUUCGCGUGUUUGCUGAUCAGCGACAUUAGAGAGUUUAAAGCCCGCCGCACACGAGAGCAACUUGCUGAGCUAACCGCCUCGCGAGGCAGCUAGCUCAGCUAUGUAUUUUCACCGCACACGUUGAGAAAACUACUCAACCGCAACACAAUUGACAAAAUCAUUUGCAUUUUCCUCCAUUUUGUUCCAAGUCACAUGAAGAAACCAUGGUUUGUCAUUGGCUAAUUGAUUCAAACAGCUCAGCACUUAGCUCACAACAUCCGCAGACGUUGAGAUUUUCUCCUCGCGAGGUGAAAAAUAUCAAACACGACAGAUAUUUUCCUCAAGACCUCGAGAGGUCAAAUUCUCACGAAAACUAUCCGCACACGAGAGCUACUUGCUGACCUAACCGUCUCGCGAGGCGGUUAGCUCAGCAAGUAGCUCUCGUGUGCGGCGGGCUUAAGAUCUACGACGCGGCCGGCUCAACGACGCGGUCUGAAUUUCAGCUAAAAAAUGAACGCUAAGCAAUUUCAUUACUGUAAUAAAUGUUUGACGAUUUUCAAAUAACAUUAUAAACUGCUAAGUUUGACUAAAGCGAUGCAAUGCUUGCUGUAAUUUCGACUUUAAGUAUCACCUUUUGGGUCGCAAUAAGCUUCGCGUUGCUUGAAAGACGUGAUAAUGCUUAGUUUAACCGAUAACGUUCUGCUGAGCAUGACAAAGCCGUUGAGAAUACCCCUGGGACCACAAAUUAUUCACAGUUUUUGUCUUGCGUGACAGAUUUCUUUCUUUCGCAAGCGCGUCGUUGAGCCGGCCGCUUCGUAGAUCUUAAACUCUCUACUAAUAAUUGAAGAGUUAAAAUAAGCUGAUUUAUUACCCAGUAAACUUUCUUAGCUUGUUCACAAAAAUAUAUACAAUUUGUGAAAAUAUAAUUACAAUAUAUACAGGGUGUCUCAAAAAAACCCAAAAUCAUUGAAAUAACGUAUUGUUCGAAUUUCAAUGCCGUAACACAAAGGAUUUUGACAGGGUGAUUAAUUUGUUUUAAAAAAUUAAAAUAUCUUUGUAAAGUGAACGUUUGUUUGCUCAUGGGAAUUUAAAAAUGCUUCGUAAAUUGUAAUAUGCGUAAUAUGCAUUCGUGGGUUUAGUACUUUAUGCCUGACAUAACAAGUUUACGCUGAGUAUUACCAUUCAUUAUAGCAGUUAUGUCAAUCUUUUAUGCACUCGUGGGAUUAACUUAGUGCUAGGGCAUUGAAUAUCGAACAAUACGUCAAUUUCAAUGAUUUUGGGUUUUUUUUAGACACCCUGUACAAGUGAUCGUGUACAAAACAUUCCCGAAUUCGAAUUGCUUUACAUUUACACUUGCACUAAUUACACUCACACGUACAGUAAUAAAGUUACAACGAUUCUGCUGGUGUCUACGACCCUAAUAUCUUCUAAUGUUAUUAAAUAUAUAUUGGAAAUGUAAUAAGAACUUCGUCAAAAACAUUGACACAAUACCAUAAUCUCCUGAUUAUGACUUUGAUCUGCCGCUCCCACGGCGGUUCUCGCAAGGUCAAAUUUCAACAUGGGCUAUAUAACUCCUAUAAAACAGAAAGUUGAAACGUUCUGAAAGAAGCUCGAUUAAUAUAUUGACCAAAGUCUAGUUCAUAUGCAAAAUAUGAGCUAAAUCUAUUUUUCCUUCUCCAAACCAGUGGGUGGAUUUUACUGAGAGGCGCUCUUAAGUUGUCGUAUGGUUAUGGGUCAACAUGCAAUGAUAACAUUCGAUUUCAUCAGUAAACGCAUGGGGAAUUUUCACUGUACGAGAAUUUUUCCUAAUCUCACAAUUGGAUUAAAUUGUGAGAUUAGGAAAAAUUAUGAGAGAGGCUUUCAACAAAUCAAACUAAGCUAAAGUAUACAUGAAACAACAAUAUAAAUGAAAUUUGCUCGACUUAGCGAGGAGUUCGAGUAUAGAGAGUUUGCGUUAACCGGAGUACAGUAAAUUACAGUAUAAAAUUGGGGAAAAUCCAGUGAAAAUUUGAUGUAGUCCGAGGUAGCGAGGAGUUGGAGUUAGCUGCAUGGAUUUUGCUGUAUCAAGUUCUACUUAAUUAAUCUACCUAAGUAUUGAACACUGUUUUGACCAGACAAUUUAAAAGUUUAAUAGAAACAAAUCCGGAAUAAUAAUGCCAUCUUGAAAUUCAAGAUUUGAAUUAAUACAAGACGAAUAUUUAAAACUGUGAAUUUUUUUUUAUUUGGGGUUUCAUUCUGCGUAUAUGCGUCAUGCGUGGCUUCAUUCAGCCGUACGUAGAUUGACUCGAUCUGGUUCGUUUGUUAAAACCAUCACUGAAAUGUUGCUGUGGCCACGCUGGCUGGGCAAGGUGCUUGAAAAUUGAGGAUGAAGAAAUUUGAAUUAGUAUAGUAGCUCCUUUAUUCGAUCAUGGAGAUUUCGUAUUGUGCUAUGUAUUUAAUUAUUUAUUAACUUUAGAACCUUUUAUAGCUGAACAAAUAGAUAAAUUUGCGAAUAUACUCAUAGAUGAAGGGAAAAUAAGGCUGAAGUUAUAGUCAAGUGGACAAGCCCAUAUUAAGGCCAACCAGAAAUGGCACACAUUUUUCGGAAUAAUAUGUACUGUUUAAUAAACAAGCAUUAAAGACACGAGCGCGCAGCGCGAGUGGCUGUAGACCUAAUAAAACACGACCGAAUUCAAACACGACUACAAAUUCAAUAGAUAUACUGCCUUAUUAGUAUUCUUUAUAUAAAGAAUACCAAUGAGGACACGACUACAAUAGACACUGCCUUAUUAGUAUUCUUUAUAUAAAGAAUACUAAUUAGGAGUGUUUUAUCAGGUUUAAAGCCACUGCACGUGACAUAUUAUGGUUGACAUGAUUUGCCAAUAAGCUUAUGAAUUAUUAAGAGUGUUUGGAAUUAGUUUUAAACACUUGAACACACCUUCGCCAUUUCGUGCGAAGGCCCUCCGCCACAGGUUGUGAGUGGAGGGGCUUAACCGAACCUCUCUAUAUUUUUAUUUAACAAGAUUCCCGUUAAAUCGAGACAUUGAAUUUUAAACCUGUGCGUUAUUAGUCAAACAGUUACGUGUUCAAUCGUUCACUCGCAGAAUGUCCAUGCAAUAUUUGAUUGUCUGCGCGUACACCUUUUAUUUGUUGUAAACCGCUUCAAUUGUUUCUGUUAACGUCAAUCGGAUCAGCUUUCAAAGUGUAGAAGGCGGAGAUAUCAGCAUGAAGUGUAAAAAACGCGUUUCACUUUACAUUAACAAACCACAUUUUGACAUUUAGCUUGUCAAUCCCUAUCCCUAUAAAGCAAUAUCGAAUUCCCAGACACACUUUCUUUAGAUCAAUUAUCAAGAAAUAAUAUUUGUCUGACGACAAUUUCAGCAUAUGUUUUGGCUAAAAAUCGUGAAAUUUUUGCAUCCGGCGAUUUAAAUAAAGGCUGUUUUCUAUUACGGCCGCUUUGCCCGCGCGGGCGAAGCUAUUUCGUUUCGGCAUGCGCAGUAGAUUUCGUUCCCUGGCGAACUCGCGCUAUUGUUUACUCACAUGGUUGGAAUAAAUCAAUGAGAUACUACUACUACUCAGAUUUCCUUUCUUUGUAGAGUUCAGAAUCUCUUUUCGUGCUUUUCUCUUUUAUUCCGCCAGUGGAAAGUUAGUGGAGAUUGGACUGAACGGGCGUACGCACGUGCGCUUUACGUGCGCAACACCCGCGCGGGCAAAGCGGCGGUAAUGGGAAACAGCGUUUAGCCCCCAGCAAGUCAUACAAACUAAUCAAAACCGUGAUUAUAAAGUAAUCUUUUCCGGAAUUUUUUGUAUAGAUUCUUCAAUUCGCUGCCAAAAAGUGCAGGGAAUGGCGCUUCCGAGUCUGAAUUUCAACCCUCAAAAAUCAUCUUCCAUGUGCGCUAGAGCUAUGACUUUAAAGUCCGUAAUGUAAAUUGAAAUGUUAUAUUUGUAAAAUAUGAUACACUAACUGAAUAAUUUCUGGUUCGCUAUGCUUGUAAAUGAAUAUAAAAGUCUACGUUUCAAUUCAAAAAAGUUCGAAAGAUGCAAAAUUUGGGCAAUAUUUGCAUCAGCGCGUCUUUGAUGAGGAGAACGACUUUACAGCAUGCAGCUUUAAGAGUACGGCAGACCGGUAACGGCAAACUACAAAUCGCAUGGUAAGUUUUACAAGUUUGAAGUUUUCGACAGCUAAGUAACCAAUUCAUGCGGCAUGCUUCAACUUAUAUGCAGAAUAGACCUUAUUCAUAAAUCGUGAUCGAGGCCUCGUAUCCUAGGAAACGGGGAAAAACGCGGGAAAAUUGACAAAAUGUUUUUUUGCUGUCUGCUAUGGCAGCUUUUUUUCGUCAAUAUUACGGCUUUUUUCGAAAAUAAUAUCUAUAAAACUGAGUUUGAAAGUUGAAAAAAAUACUUUUGCGAAAAUAUAACAUGAUAUUUAAAGCAAAAGAUGCUGGAGUCAAUCGAAAAAGGAAACCUUUGACUUUGUAUUAUUGUCGUAGUUUGUAUGGCUAAAACAAACAACCAACAAGCCUACAAAACGUCUAUACAACACCAAAAUCGUAAGAAAUAUGAAACUAUUGUUGAAGAAAUAAGAUUACAACUCACUCAGGUAAUGUAGCCUUCAUUUUUUAAACUUGUAAGCUGCUUGCAGAAUGUUAUCGAGCCACAGCCAAAGUUCAUAUUUUCCCGUAUGAAUCAAUGACAUUUGACGUUCUCUUGUGAUUUUUGACCUGUUGGUUUCUUUCAUAUUAAUGUCAAAUUCGAAAAAUUAUACUUUCAUUCCAUAGUUGUCUUGAUUUUUCACGGAAUAACCUUUAUAUUGACGUUAAAUUCUCAGUAAAAUACUGUUUUUCGCUUCUGGAUAAACACUGUCGCUACGUUGUCAUUUUUUCCACACAAAAACAGGAGAAAAACCGGUCGCUUUUAUAAUAUACUCGUUUAUCGCUUUCGUUGUGGGCACACAGUCUUGAAAUACACACAAAAAUCGUUAUAAAUCGCAAAAAGCAACAAGAAACAAGCCUAACAUAGCAUCUGAAUUUGGCUUGUCAAGCAGUUUUCGCUUGUUUUCCCGCGUUUCUUCCCCGUAUCCUAGGAUACGAGGCCUCGUCACGAUUUAUGAAUAAGGUCUAUUUGUCCUAAUUUCCAACAGCUAAUGUUUGACCUCAAAAUACGAUUUGACGGUUUGCCGUUUGUGGCCAUCCGUCUGCCGUAAACAUCAUUAAGGUGUCUAGUGUUUUACCUGACGUGUACUGGAUAUUAGAGAGUUUAAUUUAAGUUCGACUUCCAAUACCGAUACCGAUGUUUUCACUUCCGUUCUCAUUUUGAUACCGGGAAUUUUAAAGCGUUAAGUUACACGACAGAUAAAGUAUAGAACACAUUAAUCGUCACCGAAAAUGUGUGGUAUACUAAACGGCAGCUGAGCUAAAAUUCCGACUAAAACACGACUCAGGCGAUGCUAAUAAACAAAUAGUUGGCAUGUUUAUCGUAAAAAUGAUGAAAUAUAUGAGUUUAUCUUACAAUUUACCCGACUUCCAAUACAAAGCCGACUUCGGUAGUGAUGACUUCCAAUACACUUGUCCUCGUGCUUCUUGCGAGCAGAGAGCAUGCGCAUGACAUGUUGUUAGUAUCGGUAUUGGUAUCGGAAGUCGAACUUAAACUCUCUAUUACCUCCGGAAACCGGCCGGCGUUCUGUCUCCACUGUAAAAUUUAGAUUGUUUGUAUAGCAACAUUUGGUGUUAAUAUAAAGCCGACUUGAUAAACAUUAAGCUCGCAAUAACAAAUUUCUCAAACAUGCAGCUCCGCAGAGGCCAAGUCGAGAGGUUAAGUCGAGAGUGUUAUGAUUUUCCACUAGUUAACAUGCACAACUCAACGAAAACGAACUUAAUUUGAUCAUGAAUAAUAGCAUGGUCAUGGACAUGAGUCAUCGAAUUUUUUUACAAACUGAAAGGCCCAAAGGGAAUAAAAAUGUAAAUUCGACGGAAAAUAAAUCGGAAAAAAUAUUAAUAUUAAAAUUUUCUUGCAAAAUCUCAAGUGUUGUAGUACUACUACUAAAGAUCUGGUGAUAUCUGCAAAAAUCUCUGAGGUAAACUUUAUUUUCAAUGUUAUUUUGAUGUUUGAAGUUAGUCGACUCCCCGCGACGUGUUGACUCAAGUCUAAAUAUGUUUACAAUGUUUAAAAUGAAAUAUCUAGAAUUCGCAUGGUUCGAUUUUCCUCAUUUUUGGUAGUCGUCAAGACAAAAGUAUAAGCUUUCAAUCUGCUGGAAUGAUCCCGGUGAUCCCCCGGCAGUUUUCGAGAUAUUGAGCGUUGAAGUGACUACUGUCAACUCGACGUUCGCUAAAAUGGCGUCUAAUACCGUGGAAAGAAUUUGCGCCAUCAAAGAUGAUAUAUUUUCAAUGAAUUUUUGUUAAAGUGCUAAAAUAUUAUAUAGAAGACUUCGGAGUUGUUUUAAUAUUUUUGUAGAAUUUAUAUCUGUGCGAUUUUCAAAGUUUUGUUGUCUUUGGCCGACGCGACUGGAUCGUGUACGUAUUUCAAGACGAGCUGAUCGCCUGAUCCUGGGGUUUUUGUGUCAAAUCGUGCUGCGGAACCCUCAACAUGGACAAAUCAGUGUCACAACAGCCCAUUUCAAACCACCAAAGAGCUCCACUUGUUUUAAAACAAUAAAACAAGUUUUUAUUCUAUUAUCAUAUGUAUCAUAUAUAAACAAAUUAAAUGAGUGGUCAUUAUUUAUGGGGAGGGGGGCUGGUAAAUGGGGAAAAUAAGGAUUAAAAACUUUUUUGACCCCCUCCAGACUGAAGGCAAACUUUUUGUGCCUCCCCCCUAAUAAAAGUAGAAAAUUUUCUGACCCCCCCCCCCAAAGUGUGGAUUGAAAAAUUAACAGCAAUGAAACAGGCGUGCAUUGCAGCAGGUGAAGUUAGAUAUUAGGACAAUCUGUUUAAUUAAAUCUAGCUCAUGAUGUUUUACCCUGGUGAAUAUGAUUCAAUCGUAUAUGAUUAAAAAUAUAUAUAUAUAGAUAUAUAUAUUAUGUGUUACUACUGCAAUACAGCAUUUGUCCUACCAUAACCCUAACCCAUGGCCCAUCUUCAUACAGCGAAAUGAUUUGAACACAGGGCUUUUUUUAAGAACUUGUCUGGGGGGGGGCAUCUACAAAAAGGGACCAUAAUAUACUGAGUGUGGAGAAAUGACAUAUGGUUGUUGGUGACAAAAAGUUUGGUGUGGUAUUGUAUGUAUUAGUAAGGGGUCUGGGGAAAAUUUUUUUGUAUUUUUCCUUAGGACUGAAAUGUGAGCAUUUUCUGAAACAGAUUUUUGCAUAAACAGCGUUACAUUGUGCCUUGAUAGAACGAGUCUGAUCAGUUAAGUGCACUUGCAUGGUAUGUUUAUGUAAAUACGACAACUGGGUCACUCAGGAGGUAGGAAGCUUGUUAAACGUAGUGGGCCCCACUCCCCAAUUGAAAAUUUUGAGUCUCUAGGUCAUUGGAAAUGGCAUUUUCAGAGUCUCCUUUUUUGCUAUUUGUGAUUAUAGAAAUCAGAACUCUAGACAUGGUAUUUAAGUUCAAAAACUUUUUUGACCCCCCUCCUUUCUCUGCGUUAAAACUUUUUUGACCCCCCUAUUUAUAAGGGUAAAACUUCGUUCCCCCCUCCCAUUUACCAACAAUAAAUAAUGACUACUCCCUAAGUGGCAUGUUAUUGUUGGGUUCUCGGAUAAAUUUAAUAAAUAUAUAAAUAGACAUCUUCUUGUUUUAUUAUUUAAAAUUAGAAUUGUAGGCCAUUGUAAACAUGCAAAAAUAUGUAGGUGCGGUCGUAAACAUUUGUGGGAGUGGCGGCAAUACGAAUUUUUUAUGCAUUUCCUCAGUUCGCAAUAUACUGAUUCAUACAUUUUAUGUAAAGAACGCAUCAUGCUGGCUCAAUUGCAUAUUUUAAGUACAUAGUAAAAUAUGUUAGUAUAUAUUGUACGCUUAACCAUGAAAAAAAUUGCAUAGUCCCCCACCCCCCGUCGGGGAACAUAGCCCCUCCGUCGGGAAAUUUCUGGCGCAACCACUGGCACUUCCCCUCAAACGUUAAGUUAUUUCAAAAAAUUGACGACAGUAUACUUUGUUACUUGCUUAGUGUUGCAGGGGAACGGUGAAGUCUAACUGUAGUCUAGGACCUGUAUAUGAGUUUGUAUGCAUUUCAUUUAGCACAGGUAAUCUCAACUAUUUUAGGGUAAAAUGACCAUGGCGGUCAACAUGGCAUAUGUGCCAAAAGCGGAAUCCGGGACGAAAGUCCUGAAAAUGACCCCACCCUGAAACGGCAGUGUCGACAUAGCUCUAACUUCAGAAAACAAAAAGCGAUAGUCUUUCUGAAGUGCUUAUAGUGUUUAGAAGGGUUGCUUUUAGGGGUGGUCAUUGGAAGAAAAAUUUGUCUAAGUAUAAUAUUUUACAAGAAAAUGACCAUGCACCACCCCAGGUAAAUUGCUGAUUAUGCAUAAAAUAACUAAUAUGCUAAUAACUAAUAUAAUUGGAUUGGGACUAUUCUACAAUGAAGUACUCUUGGAUAAUGUAAUCUAAAUACAUAUGAAAACGAAGAAGUGGCAUUUAUCGGGCAGAGAAGCGGCGAGCCAUUAAAAUGGCGGCAAUUUGACGAGAUAUCGAAGGACACAUUAUCGAAGAUAAAAUACACUGCACUGUUUCAAAAGUGGAUGAAACCUUCUUUGAAAUCUUCUUCAGCCAUUUAUGAUUAUGUAAAAGUACAAUAACUGGAUGAUAUUUGCGUGAUUCGGCGAUAAAAGGCAAACAAGACGGCAAAAUAUGGCUGAAAUCGCGUUUUCGUGGGGGGUAAGUGAAAUAGAAUUUAUUAUAUUUAAAGAAAACAAUGACAAUCCUUAUGAAAUCAACAAUAUUUACAUUAAAUUAAGCAUAGUUUUUAACCCCAUGAUAAUUUUUUUUAGGAAAUAAGAAUAUUUAAUUUCUACCAGGCAUAUUAGUUAUUUUGCAGUUGAGAUUACCUGUGCUAAAUGAAACGCAUACAAACUCAUAUACAGGUCCUAGACUACUGAAUAUUUUAGAGAAUGUGUAUAGGUUAUUUUGAAGCAACGAGGGGAUAUGUGAUUUAUUCACCGAGGCGCGCAGCGCCGAGGUGAAUAAACACAUAUCCCCGAGGUGCCUCAAAAUAACGUACUUAUUUUUCACACUGCGAGGUCGCGUUAAUGAGUCAGGAAAGAAAUAAUUCUUAAUGCCAUAUUGCCUUCGCGAUGUUGUUUUUUUCUCAUUUUUUGCGCUGCAAAGACAUUGCAGGUGAAUAUUAGAGGGGAUUAUCAAUUGCAGGUGAAUAUUAGAGGGGAUUAUUAAACGGAAAUUGAUUAAAGGGGAAUAUUGAUUAUAUUCCCCGACAAGAACAAAGGAAACCGAGCAGGGUGAAAAAUAAGUAUAGGUUAUUUUAUUCACAGAGGCGCCCAGCGCCGAGGUGAAUAAACACAUAUCCCCGUCCCCCAGGUGCCUCAAAUCGGAAAUUAAUAAUCUGAAAUCGGAAAUUAAUAUAUUUGGCGCAGAAUAGUUUACAACGCUGAACUAAGGAAAGAGCAUGUUUUCGAGUGCAAUUUAGAUAUAACAUGCACGAGUGAGUUUUUCAAAGACCUGAUGAAAAUAGCACGAGUCUGAAGGACGAGUGCUAUUUGAGGCCUUUGAAAAACUCGCGAAUGCAUGUUUAUCCAAAUUUCACGAGAAACAAUGCUAUGACUUAUUAAUAAUUUACAUAAAAAUGUUCGAGACAAUAGGCAAUUCCAGCUUUUAAUUUAUGCGUGCAGGGGACGAUGGGAAGUAAGGUAUCACAUUGCUGAUUAUGCUGAAAAAAUAAAAAUAGUGGGCAUGUAAACACGGAGUCAUACCUUGUACUUGUAAAUAUUGAAAUAUUUCGGUUGUUUCGGUAGUUUUUAUUGAAAUUUUUCAGCAUAAUCAGCAAUAUGAUACCUUACUUCCCAUCAUCCCCUGCAGGCAUAAGCUAAAAGCUGGAAUUGCCAAUUGUGUAGUUUUAACUGUUCCACUGGCAAAGUUUUCCUGGCUUUGCUAUAUCACAUUAUACAAAGCUAACAGCUUGAAAAUUCCACUCAACUAUGUAAUUUUUGUUAGUCUUUUUAAGGUAAAUGCUUUUCCAUUUAAAAAUAAAGAUAAAAGCCAUAUUUUCCAAUUUCCACGCGAAGGCAACCGUUUUACUUUGUGUAGCGCGGCACCAUGUUUGUUUUGUUUUGAAGCAAUCUGUGACCGUUACUUCUUUAUUUAAACUAAAUUGAAAAGAACAGAGCCCAGCAAAUAACUUUAAAUCCAAACAUAAUAAAAGUAAAACAUUUUAUUAGCUAACGUUUCGUUGUUUACAAUACAACAUCUUCAGAGCAAUCUAAAUGAAUUUACUGGGUAUUGUAUAUAUAUUUACAACAUAAUGGUUUAAUAUUACAAAAACGGUUACAUAGCUUGUAAGAACAAAUGAAUAUAUAGAAAGAAAGGAAAACAACUUAUCAGUAAGUGGUUAGUAAGUAAAGAUUAAUGUUAAGUGCAUGGCUAGUGUAUUAAGGUUAAUAUUACAUAACUAAAAUAACUCAAGAGGGGUAGAUCUAAUAUUAGCAUUAAGGACAGGGUUAAAUUGAGAUAUUAAUAGGCUUUCACGGAAAUGCUUUAAACUGAUUGGUUGAUUUAAUCAUCACAAUGUUUUUGCACCAAUUACACUGUGAUUACAGAAAAUUUAUAUAUACAAAUAACCUUGUAAAUACGAUAAUGUUCAUUGAUCAUGUUCGAUGUCUACAUAACCAAAUUCAAACUGUAUUAAAAAAUGUGCUCAAUUAAAAAAAUUAUAUACAUACAAAUUUGCGAUACUGGGUCUGAGCAAUGGUUGUAUAAUCGUUGAUGUUAUUUAUAUACUCGCAAGUUGUGAUCAGCACUACUGUGAUAAACACAACUACGCUUUCUACUUGACAGGUUUAAGUAGCUGAGGAGAUUGGAAAUAUUUGCCUGACAUGGCUGUGUUGUCAAAACAUUUUUAGUCGGAGACUCGGCAUAAUUUUGAAGCUUCUAGAUAGCAUUUAAUAUGGCUUUAUAUUUUAGUAAACACGAGUCAUAUUUAGCCCGUUAUUCCAUUCUGACCACGUGGUAGCGAAACGGGAGCAUAUUUCAUUGUUCCGACAGCAUUAGGAAAUUUCCAUAUAACAUUUUCUAUUUACAAAUGCGGUAUGCUUGGUAACCAGGCCAGGGACCACUUUUUUGAAAUCAGGGACCAUUUUACAGAAAUCUGCUAGGGUCUCUCGCUGAAGCGUUCAGCACACCCAGGCAUAACACUUUUAAGACUUAUUUAAAUAUAUCAAAGCAGCGAAUAGAGAGAGAGCCUGGGACUAGGCUGCACGGUCAGUAUUGUGUGGCUUGAUAUAUUUAAUAUACAUGCACGAAAGUUUACGAGUAUUAUAAUGAGUUUAUCUCACAGUCAAUAGACGAUAGUAACGGACAAAGUUUGAAUAAUUUCUGGUCGCAAAGGUAUCCUCAAUAACGCUGACGUUAUCAUUCUGAAUGCAACGUUAAACUCUAACAUUUUCGCGUCAUUGCAGCAACGUGUAUGCUUGUUGCAACGUUGCAGGUGUUCCAUAAAAUCUGAUUCAUAGCAGACACCGGAUCGUUUUUCCCGAACAUAGCUGUUUGUAAGGUUAUUUUUAAAAAGCUUCAAUUUAUUUAUCUUGAGCUGAACUUGAUAACUGAACUUGUCUUUGCCUUGUCGUCUUUUCUAUAAAUCUGCCUAAAAGCAACUACAGGGUGUAUAAAAAAAGCUGCAAUAUAAUUAUUGCAAAUUAAACACUAUUAUUUGCAUAAUUCUGCUGCUUACUAGCAUUUCAAACAUGUCUGUGCUACUUAUUUUGCUCCCGGGAUUUGAAGAAACAUUCUAAUUAACCGCGUUGAUAGAAAUUAGAAUAACACAAACUUAUUUGACAAUUUGUAAUGCAGAAAACUAAUUAUCAGCCGUUCGACUGCGAAUGGGUCAACUAUUGUGUUUACGCACGCUUGGGAUCAAUUAGUUCUGAAUCAUGCAAAUUCUAAAAACAUUGUACAUAUUUCAAAGAGUUUGCAGGUUUUUUGAUACACCCUGUACAGGGUGUAUAAAAAAAAGGAGUGGAGACAUUUAGAAAUCAAGCAUAUUGUUAAAAUUUGAAUGCCUUUUCAAUUGCACAUAUGCUGAACCGUAGUGCGUGAAAUAUUGAUGGGGUGCAUAUAUUAGAAAAAGGAGACUUUAGCAAUGUUAUAAUUUGAAUCCUGGAGCACUUUGCUAAGCCCACGAGUGCGUAACAUGCGAUCUACGUACAGUAUGCAUGGCAGAUUGUUCCCAGGAGCAGACAAUCUUUUGUUUAAACGUUAUUUCAAUUUCUAAAGGUCUCCUUUUUCUAAUAUAUGCACUCAUCAAUAUUUCACGCACUACAGUUCAGCAUAUGUGCAAUUGAAAAGGCAUUCAAAUUUUAACAAUAAGGUUGAUUUCUAAAGGUCUCCUUUUUUUUAUAUACAGUGCAGUAUAUCCGACACAAAUCAAAAUUUUAGCCAUGCAGUUAUCGCUUAUUUUUCUCCCGAUCGCGCAGCUCGAUAAUGUGCAUCGCAUCACAUAAGCUUCAUGAUAAACCCAAAAACUUGCACUACCUUCUAGCUCUUCUCUACAUGGUUGCCGACACCUAUUUAUUUUCUUGCAUAGUCAUAGAUGUCAAGCAGUUCUCCAUUAUAAUCUAUAUAGUAGCAUUGUAAAACUUAUGGCAUAAAGUUAAUUGUUUGAUUUGACUAACAACCAUUUGUUCGAUGCUUGGAUCGCACCCAUAAAAGCUUAGAAUUUCUCAGUGCAAACGGUUUCAAAUCCAAAAGCCUCUCAAUGUUUAUUUUUCUUGCCCCUUGAGCUGUCGAUGGGUGUUGUGGCGAUGCAAACCGCAGCAACUGGUCAUGCUAUGCAAAUUUUUAAAUUAGUUUAGUCAUAGCCUAUCGAAGGGAAGAUGGCUGUGAAACUCAUUGGAAUAACAAUAUAACAAUAUAACUCAUUAUCUAUGUUGGCCAACGUUUAUUCAUAAAUCUGGUCCUUCACCGUCACGUGUGUAUUGUAUUCUUGCCCAGCUAACCAAUAGCAAUGUUUUAGGAAAGUCACCUAUCCGUGACUCGAACAAAAAGGAAACUGGAAAUUGCUAUUGGUGGUUUGGUGGAAAAACAAUACACACGAAACGACCAGAUUGAUGAAUAAACGUUGACUAACAUAGAUAAUGAGUUAUAUUGUUAUUCUAAUAAGUUUCACAGCCAUCUUCCCUUCGAUAGGCUGUGGUUUAGACGUUUAGUAUUCAAACUGAUAGAAAAAUAUUGUCUUUAAUAGGUUUAUUGGCAUAGAAUGACCAGUUGCCAUGAAGGUCAAAAGCCAUUUUGUGAAAUUUAAUCCCCGAGCCGACGGCGCGAAGCGCCGUACGAAGGUACUAAAUCCCCUCGGCUAUUUACACCCGGGGAAACGAAAGCAUUAGCGAAGUCUAAAGUUCAUCAAAUAUCGCGGGCGUGGGUCACUGUGCGUGGGUGGUCAUCCUCACUGAUCUCAAAAAUAUGGCGGACUGUCAUGAAUAGCGAACACUGUGAUUGGUCCAAUUUAAAGUUUGCAUUAUAACGACUGCCUGACGACAGCGAAAUUAGCAAACAUUUCUGGAUUUGAUGAUUGAUAUAUUUUUUGCAAAUAUAUUUCAUUGUUGCUUGCAUUUUUGCAAGAUUUUGUAAAUUUCGAAAAAGAAAGGGCGAAAGAAUCGGCUAAAAGAAGGGAGCCGACGUGAACGAAGGUAAGCUUAAUUGUUUUAAAUAUAUAUUGAUUUUAUAAUUGCUUUAAAACCCGACGGCCUUUGGCUUUGCGUAUAUGAAACAACUAAACAAGACAGCAUAUAAUUUCAUUGCAUCUUUAAUAUCGAUAACCAAUUUUUUAUUAUAUUGAAUUUUUUAAAUAAAUAAAAAAGAAAGCAAAGUUAUUUGCAUGCGAGAAUUUGAAACUCAUUUUAUUGCAAACUCAAAGUUUAUCGAUAAAGCCAUUUAAUUAAUAAAGGCAGUUUUAUAGAGUUUAUAAAGAACACUUUAAAACGUUUUGCGAAGCGUGGGUUGAAUUUUACCUUAAAUUGAAGCUUAUAUUGCGUAUAAUAUCAUACCUAACAUAUAUAUGUUGGGAAAUUGAUAAUUUUGUAAUUAAAAGUGAUAUUUUUAGGCAAUUUUUCAUUUGUAAGAAUAUUCUUAAAAAAUUAUCGUGUUACCAUAACAACUACUUUAGAUACUUCAUGUUCGGAAAAUAUAAUGGUUUCGUCAGCAAGGGGAGGGUUUCUGCAUGCAUGUAUUUUCUAGUUAAUUUGUAAUUAGCGCGGAUUCUGAACGACCGAGUCAAAUGCACGAGAAUCCGCACGACCGAAAAAAGGUGUCAACUGCACAAAAUUUGUGGAGUGUCCCUAUAUGUCGUGUGUCGUGGGUUAAGAGUCGUGUGUCGUGAUUAAAGUCGUGGGUAAAGUCGUGGGUCAUAAAAUGUGCUAAAACCGCAUUUUCCACGAAAAUAUUAUUUUUAAUUUUAAUUUUUUUUUCGUACUUUUUUCGUACGCAACAAAUCUCCAGUAAUAAAAUAAAAUAAAUGCUGUUUCGUAGCUUGCUGUUAUCUAUAGUAUAACUACAAGUCAACUACUAGUCAACUCCUGCAGGUGUUACACGUCAUUGGGAACAAACUAGACAACAAGUGCCAAGUAGACACAUUGUACUUCGACUUUGCCAAGGCAUUUGACAAAGUAAACCAUGAACUGCUGCUUUUGAAAUUGAAACAUUUUGGCAUCUCCGGUAAUCUCCUAUCUUGAAUACAUGAUUAUCUUACUGGUCGCUAUCAGAGGGUAACAGUUCUCGCCGAGACCUCGAAUCCAUUACCUGUCCUAUCUGGUGUGCACAGGGAUCGAUUCUCGGACCACUACUUUUCUUGGUUUAUGUAAAUGAUCUUCCAGACUGUGUCUCAAGUUGUUCAUCAAUGGCAAUAUUUGCGGAUGACUCUAUUUGCGGUUGACUCUUGCAGUUUCAGUCUCAUAUUGCAUGGAGCUUCGGCUCUGUGGGUGCGCCCUUCCUGUUUUUGGGUAAAUAAAAUAAAUAAAUAAAUAUAACAAGUAAAUGUUGCGUUUCGUAUAGUUUAAUAAGUCUAUAGAUGAAUUGUUUCAUGAUAAAAUGUCUUAAGUUAUAGGAUAUAGGUUUAUUAAUUAGCUUUGGAAAUGUUAUAGUCCCUAUCACAAACGUUGCGAAUAACUGUGUCGAUUAUAUGCAAUAACUAUGCCGAUUAUAUGUCGAUUAUAUGCGCAGCAAAAGCAGAAUUUUUGCAUUAUUGAUAGCAUGAAGUCAUAUAAUCAAGGAUUCCCUUUUUUAUAGAAUACAUUUUAUCAAGGGAGACCCAAAAUUUUGCUAGGGGGGGGGGGGCGGUCCACCCGGCCCCAAUCCUGGCUACGCCUCUGUAGUGGAUAAAUUACAGUUUCAGCUUUCGCAACACUCUUACUUAAACCGCAUUUACAGCUUCAUUGUUGGUCAUCUUGUGUUUUUUCUCUUUCUUUUUAAAAUAAUCGGCAGGUACCGAUUAAUCGGCCGAUUAUUUAUGAUACAGGUCCUGUUUCCUAACAAGUAGUAUUCUUAAUCACGUGUUCUUCGUUCGUAUAGGUAACAGCAGCCAACGGUAAUCGAGCAUUGACAUUAUUGAUUGCAGUAAUGGCGACCACUAUAUCAGUCUUUACAGUUCCUGUUAUGACUACAUGGUUGAUACCAGCAUUUCAGACUGCCAGUGUUAGUAGCCUAACUAUAUUACACAGAGUGGCUUUGUUUAUCCUUUUACCUUUGAUUGUAAG